GCGCUGGAACAGAGCGUCGCGUACCCCAGUGCAUAACCACACCAACAGACCAACUCCCCAAGAGCCGAUGAGCGUAAAGCAUCGACGCCACGCCACUGUCACACUUACACCCUGCUGUUGCUUCCCGCUCUCGCCUUCUGGAUGAGGAUGGAGAGGUCGGUCGCGGUGGGGUUGGCCGUAGCGGUGGCGACACUCUUUCCGAGCAUCUUCAUCUCUUUUUCUGCCGGGGAGUCGGCCGCCGAAAUAGCCGGAAAUUUAAAUAUCGGCGAUCGAUCACCGACGCAGAGCUUGUGCGCUCAGCUCAUUCGACCCUCCGGUUAUCCUUGCUCCGAGCACACUAUUGAGACGAAGGAUGGUUAUGUGUUAGCUCUGCAACGUGUGGCGUCUCGUACUGGAGAGUUGAGAGUACGACGAGGUCCUCCGGUUCUACUUCAGCAUGGACUCUUUAUGGCGGGUGAUGCAUGGUUUUUGAAUUCCAUAGAGCAGUCAUUGGGCUUCAUUCUUGCAGACCAUGGUUUUGAUGUGUGGGUAGGUAAUGUGCGUGGGACACGUUGGAGUCAUGGGCAUAUAUCUUUAUCUGAGAAAGAUAAGAAAUUCUGGGACUGGAGUUGGCAAGAAAUGGCUCUAUAUGAUCUUGCAGAAAUGAUCCACUUUAUAAAUUCAACAACAAACUCCAAAGUUUUCUUUGUCGGACAUUCACAGGGGACAAUUAUGGGUUUGGUUGCUUUUACACAUCCUGAUAUAGUGGAAAUGGUCGAAGCUGCUGCUCUUCUUUGCCCCAUAUCAUAUUUGGAACACGUAAAUGCUCAAUUUGUGCUUAGAUUGGUUGACUUGCACAUUGAUCAGAUGAUUGUUGCCAUGGGCAUUCAUCAACUUAAUUUUAGAAGUGAUGUGGGCAUUCAGCUUUUGGAUUCCAUAUGCGAUGGCCAUGUAGACUGCAAUGACUUGUUAGCUUCUAUAACAGGGAAGAACUGCUGCUUUAACAACUCGCGAACGGACUUCUAUCUUGAAUAUGAGCCUCAUCCGUCAUCCUCAAAAAAUUUGAAUCAUCUUUUUCAGAUGAUUCGUGAGGGCACUUUUGCCAAGUAUAACUACGGACCGUGGAAGAACCUGAAGCAGUAUGGCCAUCUCAAGCCUCCAAAAUUUGAUCUUAGCCGCAUACCUAAGUCAUUGCCACUGUGGAUGGGCUAUGGUGGCAAUGAUGCCUUGGCGGACACGACUGAUUUGCAGCACACCCUCAGGGAACUGCAGUCCAAGCCAGACUUGCUCUAUCUUGAGAACUAUGGUCACAUAGACUUCCUUCUGAGCGUAAAAGCAAAGCAAGAUGUAUACAAUGAUAUGAUUGAGUUUUUUAGAUUAUUCGGAAUGUCUCGCGAGUCUUACUGACCGCAUUUUGCUGUAAGCAAAAAUUACAGUUCAUGGAUGUGCUUGAUUGAUGUACAGAUGCAUAAAGUUUUAGUGUGUGCAUGUGUACAUUUUGUAUAGUUUGCAUUUCUUCUCCCCAAAGUUGCAUCUUACUGUCUAAAGGAAUAAAUGAAGCUAAAUAAUUUGGUACUA